AUGCAGGCUAUGCUGGACUCCCGUAUCGCUUCCUUUUGUUGCACCUCCCAGGUCCCCGAGCGCACUCCCUUCGCCUUUACUGUGCUAGCAGCAGUCCUUCCACCGGAAGAGGAGGUGGAGAGCCCGUCCCACCUCAGUGCGGACCCCACGGACCGAACCAGAUUUUGGUGGAGUGCUUGCCAAGUCCCGUGCAGCCAUGGGAACAACACGCAAGUAGUGGGUGAUCCUGCAGGAGAUCGCAGCGAAGCUAUGACGACUCCGCAGAUUCGCGACUCCUUGAAGUACACCAGGAUCUGCAAGUACUGGAGCUCGAACCGCUGCAAGCUGGGCAAGGAGUGUAACUUCGCCCACUCAGAGCUCGAGUUGAGGAACCAGCCGGACUUGAUCUCCACACGCCUGUGCUUCCAAUUCUCGUCCAAGGGCCGGUGCAAGAACGGAGAGAAUUGCAAGUUCGCACACGGUCGGUCAGAGCUUCGCACUGUCCCAAAGGCUGCGAAGCGCAACGAGAUGGAGCCCAUGAAGAUCCAGAUCGGCAAACUCUGCCUGUCCACGACGAGCCCAGAGGCAUCGCCCCGGAAGAUCAUGCAGUUCCGGGCGCCACCCGGCCUGGCACCGCCCGGCCUGGCGCCGCCCGGGCUUCCACCACCCGGACUUUCGCAUUUGGCGGUCAUGGAGAUGGAGUGCUCCACAGCCAGCCCGAGCACUGCAGUCUCCGAGCCCAGCGAGCCGGCAAGCCCACGGAGCCUUUGUCAUAUUCUCGUGAAGGCUAUCAAUGGACAGCCUUCACCUUUUAACAAGGGAAUCGACAAGCUCAAGCGCCUUUCAUGGGCUCUGGCCAACGUGAUGUCUCGACAUUCCUAUCCAGUCCCACCCGGCCGCCUUGCAGAGGGUAUACUGAAUCAGGCAAGCAUCAGGCACAGCCCACAGAACGGAGAGAGCAUCCGUGGGAGCGUACAGUACAGUGCUCGUGGUGACAAAGACAGUAAGCUGCGAGCCAGCAGAAAGGAAGGCACGUUUUGUCCGGCGGCUGGCAUGGUGUUAAUAAGUCACAGCCCCAUGAUGGCAUAUGAUGGCCUUUGGAGAGGCCUCACAACACGUCCCUUGCCAGGUCGUUUGUCUCGAGAUUGGAGUUUGCUUCAGAUAGCCUCGCAGUACUGCCCUGCAAUGACGACUCCGCAGAUUCGCGACUCCUUGAAGUACACCAGGAUCUGCAAGUACUGGAGCUCGAACCGCUGCAAGCUGGGCAAGGAGUGUAACUUCGCCCACUCAGAGCUCGAGUUGAGGAACCAGCCGGACUUGAUCUCCACACGCCUGUGCUUCCAAUUCUCGUCCAAGGGCCGGUGCAAGAACGGAGAGAAUUGCAAGUUCGCACACGGUCGGUCAGAGCUUCGCACUGUCCCAAAGGCUGCGAAGCGCAACGAGAUGGAGCCCAUGAAGAUCCAGAUCGGCAAACUCUGCCUGUCCACGACGAGCCCAGAGGCAUCGCCCCGGAAGAUCAUGCAGUUCCGGGCGCCACCCGGCCUGGCACCGCCCGGCCUGGCGCCGCCCGGGCUUCCACCACCCGGACUUUCGCAUUUGGCGGUCAUGGAGAUGGAGUGCUCCACAGCCAGCCCGAGCACCGCGGUCUCCGAGCCCAGCGAGCCGGCAAGCCCACGGAGCCUUUGUCAUAUUCUCGUGAAGGCUAUCAAUGGACAGCCUUCACCUUUUAACAAGGGAAUCGACAAGCUCAAGCGCCUUUCAUGGGCUCUGGGCAACGUGCUUAUGCUUUUGGUCGAUGUGCCAAGGGCCCAGCUGGUUCGGGACUCCUUGAAGUACACCAGGAUCUGCAAGUACUGGAGCUCGAACCGCUGCAAGCUGGGCAAGGAGUGUAACUUCGCCCACUCAGAGCUCGAGUUGAGGAACCAGCCGGACUUGAUCGCCACACGCCUGUGCUUCCAGUACUCCUCCAAGGGCCGGUGCAAGAAGGGCGAGGCUUGCAAGUUCGCUCACGGCAAGGCAGAGCUUCGCACUGUCCCCAAGGCCGAGAAGCGUGCGGACGAGCUUGUUGGGGGCAACCUCAGCCCUGCGGCACCACUCAGCCCAGUGCUGAGCCCGCGCAGUGCCUUGACGGAAGCGCUGAGCCCUCGCAGCCCUUGCAGCCCCUUCAGCCCCUACGGCAACAUUGGUCCCUGGGCAAGUACGUCUGGGCGUGUGCACGGCUACACCUCCGCUCGCGGGCUGAAGAAUUUGGAUCUUGGGCUCGUUCCGGUUCCGACCCCGACGGUGCCGACGCUUGCCAUGCCUCCAAAGCUCCAGCGUCCCGCAAACGAGAUCAACCUGGGACCCCCGCCCGGCUUGUCCUUGCCUGCUGGCCCUGGCGGCCCUGUGGCGGCCAAGGAGCUGAAGAUGGCUGCGUAUCGAACCCCAUCCACAUCUGUUGACGACCUCGUGGCGAGCGAGCCAAGUGAGCCGACCAGCCCAAAGAGCGAAGCAUUCUGGCUUUGA